AUUCUUCUUUCCCUCUGUGUUUUGUAAUAUAGCGUGAAAAGAUAAAGCAAAAAUUUUCGUUACUUGACACUAUCUUUUAUCGCUUUUGUUAUCAAAUCGUCGAAUAUUAAAGUUUUAUGAAAAUUUUGCUUAUUGUUGUUGUUAUUUAUAUUUCAUCUUAACAUAUUCUUCGCUAUGGCGAGUUCUUUACUAUUAAAUGGAAGAGUAGCAAUUGUAACAGGUGGAGGGAGUGGUAUUGGAAGAGCUGUUUGCAAAGUUUUUGCUAAAGAAGGUGCUACUGUUAUUGCUGCAGAUUUAAAUGAGACUUCUGUGAAAGAAACUAUUCAGGAUAUUUCAGGGAAGCAUUUUGCCCAUACAGUUGAUGUCUCUAAAAACGAAUCUGUACUUGGACUUAUAUCAAGAAUUAAAGAGGAAUGCCCAAUUCCUAAUAUUUUAGUCAAUUGUGCUGGUAUCACAAGAGAUGCUUUUAUGCUUAAAAUGUCUGAAGAGAUGUUUGAUGAUGUGAUACGAGUUAAUCUAAAAGGUACUUUUCUUAUGACACAAGCUGUUAGUAGACUUAUGAUUGAAUCCAAAGUUGAAGCUGGCUCUAUUGUAAAUAUAUCCAGUGUUUCAGGAAAAAUUGGAAACAUUGGUCAAUGCAAUUAUUCAGCUUCUAAAGCAGGUGUUGAAAGUUUUACAAAGACAGUUGCUAAAGAAUUGGCUAAAUAUAACAUUCGGUGCAAUGCUGUGAUGCCUGGAUUUAUUGAUACUCCAAUGGCAAAUAAAGUCCCUGAAAAGAUCCUUGAACAAGUUAUAAAGGAAAUCCCAAUGCAGAGAUUAGGAAAACCAGAAGAAAUUGCAGAUGUCUGUGCAUUUUUGGCUUCCCAAAGAAGUUCUUAUGUAACAGGUGGAAUUAUUCAAGUUUCAGGUGGAUUUGUUAUCUGAUGUUAUAAUUAAUUAAUUGUUGUUAAUUGCUUAAUUUUUGAGUGAUUGUUUUUGUCAAAAAGAAAUUCUGUGUCACACUAAUUGAAUUUUUUGAGUUAACAUAUUCUUGGAUGUGAAUACUUUUACCAAAUUUGAAGUCCAUAUGAUUUUGCAUUUUCGUUCUAACUAGCCUGUCCAUAAACAUGCUGAAUUUUUAUGAUUAAUUAUUUUAAAUAAUUGCUAAAAUUAAUUAUGGACUGUAAUCAAUCAGUUGUCUGAAAUAUCCUAAAUCCUUAAACCAUUCAAUCCGAUUUAUAGUACAGUUAUCUUGUAUUUUCAUGUUUAAGCCAAAUGUAUUCCACUGUUCCUUUUUUGCAGUAUUUAACAAAUUAAUGUAUUCCUAACUUCCAGAUGUGUUAGCAAAAUUUUGAAGUCAAAUGCUGUUAUUUUGUAUUUUUUUAUCUUUUAAUUUGAUUUUUUCCCCUUGGAUUUUCAAUGCUAUGAAUUUAAAAGUAAUUUUUUUUUUAUUUUUUUUUUUUAUUUUACUAUUCUCUCUCUCUCUCUCUCUUUUUUUUUUUUCAAAUAUAUCUGCAAAAGUUUCCCUAGAAGAUUUUCCACCAGUUUUAUGUUCACAUUUGCCAGCCAUAUAAAUAUAUUUGGGCAAAUUUGGUAAGUAUAAUAGGCUGUGAGCUACUAACAGUACAAUAGAAUAAUUUAGAAAUAUCUGUAUUGAUCUGAGAAAAAAGGAAAGAAAGAAUUAGUAGAAAUCAGUUGGUAUUAUUUUUUUUUAUAAAUUUUGAAACUUCAGAAUACCAGUUUUUUUAUUAAUUGAAAAACUAAAGUAACUAGAAUUUUGGAGAGUCUGAAUCAUUUGUAAAUUGAUUAGUUUAUCAAUUUACCUUUCCCUAAUCAAGGUUUUGAACCUACAAGUGAUUUUUUAAAAAUUAAGCUACCUAAAACAAUUAUAGAAUUUUAUAUGUGUGCUUUGUUCUUUAAUAGAAAUAUUAUUUUUCCUAUGAUCAUUUGUGUCUUAUUUCCAUUGAAUAUGUAUGUAUAAACUGAAAUUAUAAAAUAAUGUGAUUGUUUCAAAGCAAUUUUAUAUUUUGAUUGCUAAUAGAAUAUUACAUAUCAAAUGGUUUUGUAAUAAAUAUAUUCU